UUUAACUGCUUUUAGACAAUAAUAUAUUUACCUGCUUUUAGACAAUAAUAUAUUUAACUGCUUUUAGACAAUAAAAUCUCUCUCCGGGCGGACGAACUUGUAUUAAAGACGACUUCGCUUGGUGUAAGUGUGAGGAUAAACAUCAUUCUAUCAUGCCGACGUCUCCUGUUAAAGUGCGCAUCCCGCUCACUAGUUUUGGUCACCUGAUAACGGAGGUAAAGAGGCAACUUCUUGGCACGGAGGCGCCUGCUGCCGUCAAGUUGACUGGUUUGAGGAAGUACUUCAACAGCUACACCAUGCAGGGUCGCCGAAAUUGUGUCUUGGCGACUUACAGCAUCGUCGCUGUAACCAUGGCGACCUAUUUCCUGCACAGACAAACCAAGAAAGAAGCUCAGAGAAACUCCACAGCUUAAAAAAAAAAGAAGCAUUUGUUGCCAUUAUUUAUGACGUGAAGAAAGAAAAGAAAGAAAGGUUUCUUGGUAAUAUCCAAUAAAUGUUAUCUGUCA